UUCUCGCGGGAUUUUCAUUUCUCGCGUCCGCCGUACUUGGUUUCGCUUCGCCGGUCCCAGAGGCCCGGAGUGGCUCGGCUGCACCCUGUGUGGCGCUGUUCCCUGUGCCGGCCUUGGGAUCCGGAGAGAGGAAGCCGGGACACCCAGGAGCCAGGAAAUGGACUUGGUGGCCUUUGAGGAUAUAGAUGUGAACUUCACCCAGGAGGAGUGGGCUUUGCUGGAUCCUUCCCAGAAGAAUCUCUACAGAGAUGUGAUGUGGGAAACCAUGAGGAAUCUGGCCUCUAUAGGGAAAAAAUGGAAGGACCAGAAAAUUAAAGAUCACUACAAACACCAAGGGAGAAAUCUAAGACGUCAUAUGGUAGAAAGGCUCUAUCAAAGUAGAGACGGUGGUCAGCAUGGGGGGACCUUUAGCCAGUUUGCGAAUCAUAAUCUGAGCAAGAACAUUCCUAGAGUGAAACUCUGUGAAAGCAUCGUAUAUGGAGAGGUCAGCAUGGGUCACUCAUCUCUUAAUAGACACAUCAGAGAUCAUAGUGGACGUGAACCAAAGGAGUAUCAGGAAUAUGGAGAGAAGCCAGAUAUACGUAACCAGUGUUGGAAACCCUUGAAUUCUCACCACGCCUUUCGAACACAUGAGAUAAUUCACACUGGAGAGAAACUCUAUGAUUGUAAGGAAUGUGGAAAAACCUUCUUUUCUCUCAAAAGAAUUAGAAGACACAUAAUCACACACAGUGGCUAUACACCAUAUAAAUGUAAGGUGUGUGGGAAAGCUUUUGAUUAUCCCAGUAGAUUUCGAACACAUGAAAGAAGUCACACUGGAGAGAAACCCUAUGAGUGUAAGGAAUGUGGGAAAGCCUUCACUUGUAUCACAAGCGUUCGAAGACACAUGAUAAAGCACACUGGAGAUGGACCUUAUAAAUGUAAGGUGUGUGGGAAACCCUUUCAUUCCCUGAGUUCAUUUCAAGUACAUGAAAGAAUUCACACUGGAGAGAAGCCCUUUAAAUGUAAGCAGUGUGGUAAGGCCUUCAGCUGUUCCCCAACCUUACGAAUUCAUGAAAGAACCCAUACUGGAGAGAAACCUUAUGAAUGUAAGCAGUGUGGGAAGGCCUUCAGCUAUCUCCCCUCCCUUCGACUACAUGAAAGAAUUCAUACUGGCGAGAAACCCUUCGUAUGUAAACAAUGUGGUAAAGCCUUUAGAUCUGCCAGUACCUUUCAAAUACAUGAAAGGACUCACACUGGGGAAAAACCUUAUGAAUGUAAGGAAUGUGGGGAAGCCUUCAGUUGUAUCCCAAGUAUGCGAAGACACAUGAUAAAGCACACUGGGGAAGGAGCUUACAAAUGUAAGGUAUGUGGGAAACCCUUUCAUUCUCUGAGUCCAUUUCGAAUACAUGAAAGAACUCACACUGGAGAGAAACCUUAUAUAUGUAAACAUUGUGGUAAAGCUUUCGUUUCUUCCACAUCAAUUCGAAUACAUGAAAGAACUCAUACUGGAGAGAAACCCUAUGAGUGUAAGCAAUGUGGGAAGGCCUUCAGUUAUCUCAACUCCUUUCGAACACACGAAAUGAUUCACACUGGUGAGAAACCCUUUGAAUGUAAGCGAUGUGGUAAAGCCUUUAGAUCUUCUAGUUCCUUUCGACUGCAUGAAAGGACUCACACUGGACAGAAACCCUAUCAUUGUAAGGAAUGUGGGAAAGCCUAUUCUUGCCGUGCAAGCUUUCAGAGACACAUAUUAACACACGCUGAAGAUGGACCACCUUAUAAAUCCAUGUGGGAAAGCCUUUAAUGUUCUGGACUCAAUGUCAGAUACAUUAAAGCACUCACACUGAAGAGAAGCCCUGUGAAUGUAAGUGAUGUGGGAAAGCAUGAAGUUCUGUUGGUGCCUUUUUUAAUACAUGAAAGAAAUAAUUCUGGAGAAAAGCCAUAUAAAUGUGAGUAACAUGGGAAAGCCUUCAGUCAUUUUAGUUCCUUUCAAAUACAUGAAAGAACUCAUCAUGGAGAAAAACCAAACAAAUCCUUUUUUGAAAGGAACCCAUAUUUGAGAGAAAUCCUGUGUAAAGAGUGUGGGAAAGGUUUUGUAAUCACACAAUCCUGUGACACAUGAAUGCAUAGUGGAGAGAACCCUGGUACAUGUAAAGAGUGUGGGAGAGCCUUUAGUUAUUUCACUUCCACUUGAAGCCAGGAAAGAACACAUAGAAAAGAGAAAGCUCGAAUAUAAGCAGUGUCUGGACGUUUUUAGUCAGCCCACAUGUUUUCAGCAACAUGUAAGAAUGUACCCUGGCUCGAAACACUAUAAAUGUGAAAAACACAAGGAAGGUUUUCCUUUAUAAUACACUUGUAAAGUCGUUUGAGGGCUCUGUGGCUUUGUGGGUUAAAGUACUUGUCUGGCAAACAGGAGAUGCUGGGUGUCAUUCCCCAGCAGGGCCUCACUAGUUGAGGUAUUGAAUUUGAAUAGACUUUUAAACUCUGGCUGGGUGUGGUGGCUCACACCUGUAAUCCCAGCACUUUGGGAGGCUGAGGCAGGAGGAUCACUUGAGGUCAGGAAUUUGAGACCAGUGUGCACAACAUAGCAAGACCUCAUCUCAAAAAAAAAAAGUCAUUUGAAAACUUCUAAUGUAGCAAAAUCCUAUAAAUGUAAAUACUUCAAAAAGCCUCAUGCAUAGCAGGUCAUGUAGUCUCCAGAAAAUAUAUAACCUGAUGGAAAUGGAGACGUUAUAUGUAUAUUUUGUUAGUUAGUGGCUCAUAUUUAAAAUAGUCUCCGGACUCUGGUUUCAAAUGUUUAAUCUCACAAAGAAAUGUUAAAUUGAUAUAAUGCUGUAAGUAAUUUUAAAACAAUAGUGCAUGAAUUUCAUAGGUAGCAUUGUUUUAGGUCAGUAAAUAAAAUAUUUGUCUUUCCAUUUUGAAGUGUGUUUAAUCCAAUGAAGAAUUUAAAUGUGUUUCUCAUAUUUGGGUAUGUUAAAUUGUGUAUGGUUGCUUAAUUGUUCUGAUUGAGGACCACUGAAAAAUAAGUCUUGAUAAAUGUUGGUAUGAACCUACUUGCUUCAUUUAGCAGGUUCUUAUUCCCUUCCCACAUUAUAUAUAUUCCAUCAUAUUUAUUAGAACAACUCCUUUUUUUUUUUUUUUUUUCUUUUUGAGACAGGGUCUCUAUUCUCUGUGGCCCAAGCUGGACUACAGUGGCAUGAUCUCGGCUCACUGCAACCUCUGUCUUGUGGGUUCAAGUGAUUCUCCCACCUUGGCCUACCAAGUAGCUGAGGCUACAGGCAUGUGCCACCACACCUGGCCUAUUUUUUAUAUUUUUAGUAGAGAUGGGUUUCACCAUGUUGGCCAGGCUGAUCUCAAACUCCUGACCUCAAGUGAUCCACCCACCUCAGCCUCCUAAAGUGCUGGGAUUACAGGUGUGAGUCACCACACCUGGCCCAUUUUUUUUUCUUUUUAGCUCAAAGUAUUUAAUUUUCCUUGUUAUUAAAGAGUUGGUAUUAAUUCUAAGUGUAAAGUAUAUUACAGACUGUAGUCUCAUGUGAAUUAUUAUUUUAACCUGUUGCUCUUUACUCCUUGUUAUUUAUUCUGGCUGCUCUUUGUAUAAUUGAUUUUGGGAUAAGGAGAGAGCUAUGAUGGGAUAAUAAAAUCUAGAAUGAGAGAUGCCUUUCAUUGAUUGUGUCAUGUCAGUCUGGGUAAUGGGAACUAAACCUUCAGACUUUGUUUAUUUCUUCUUUUCUUUCUCACUUUCCUUUUUUUUCUUUCUUUCUGAAAUAGGGUCUCACUCUGUCACCCAGGCUGGAGUGCAGUGGCAUGAUUGUAGCUCACUGUAACCUCAAACUCCCAAGCUCAGGUGGUCUUCUGACCUCUGCCUCCCAAAUGGCUGGAACUAUAGGUAUGUGCCACCAAGCCCAGCUAAUGUUUUUGUUUUUUGUUUUUUAAUUUUUUUUGUAGGAUGGUAUCUUGCUAUGUUGCCCAGUCUGGUCUCAAACUCCUGGCCUCAAGUGACCCUCUAGCCUCAGCCUCUUACAGCACUGGGAUUAUAGGCAUAAAGCCACUGUACCUGGCCCAGAAUGUAUUUCUUUUAUGGUUACAUGUAGACUGCAUCAAUGGCCUAUAUUUCUGGAAGGUUAGAAUGCAGAAGUGAAGAAGACAUUAGUCAGAUUUUGGAGGCAUCAUAUGGGGAGAAAGAUUAAUACAGGCUGUUUGGAUUUGGUCUUCUAGACCUGUCCAAACAGCCCGUAUUAAUCUUUCUGAUUAUUUGCCCUGCCAAUCAAGAGCAUCCUUAGCUAUGUGCAGUGGCUAACACCUGUAAUUCCAGCACUUUGGGAGGCUGAGGCAGGCUGAUCACCUGAGGUCAGGAGUCCGAGACCAGCCUGACCAAUAUGAUGAAACCCUGUCUCUAUUAAAAAUAUAAAAAUUAGCUGGGCAUGGUUGCGCAUGCCUGUAGUCCCAGCUGAGGCAGGAAAAUCGCUUGAGCCGGGUAGGUGAAGGUUGCAGUGAGCUAAGAUUGCGUCACUGCACACCAGCCUGGGUGACAGAGUGCAGACCAAGACCCUGUCUCAAAAAAAAAAAAAAAAACAGUAUCCUCUAAACCACCACCAGCUACUUCACCUCCAUGUUCUCAAAGUUAUAGAUUUCCAUAGAUGUUCUUACAAGCUUCAUAUCAAAGAUUCAGCUGCUAUUUUGAUAUUCCUGAAAGCGCUAAUAUAUCUGCCAAGUAAUGAGUUUGUAUGGUCAUUUUUGGGAAUAGUCUGAUGAUCUGACUUGGUUCCUGUAAGGUCCAGUCUGUACAUAAACAUUUCUGUCCAUUGGGAUAGUGGCUGUUAGGGAUGUAAGUUGAGAGCGACAGUGGCACUAUCCAAAAACCAAAACCAAAACCCUACAUGGAGCUUGUUCCUCUGCUGCAUUAUGCAGAGAUGGGUCUCACCCUGCCCUUUCAUGUGAAAAUAAGCACUGUGUUCAUUACAGAAAGAUUGUGGGUGUUUCCUGUUACUCACAGCUGAAUGCAGUCCCUCAGUUUAUUUUGAAUUAUGUUUGAUUAUAUAUGAUUACAAUGCACCUGUCUUCCUCAAACAAAAGUUCUUUACCUGUUUCUUAGAAAUAAUAACUGUACGAACAACUUGCAUACUAUCCAAUGAGUUUUGUGUUUACUGAUAAUAUAUAUUAAAAUAUCCCAUUGCAGUCAUGGAUCAGAUAAACUUUAUGAGUUAGCUGUUUGUCCAACAUUGUGAGUCAAUAUUACUGUGAGCCUGUAACUUCAGGCCUUCUUUUCCUCAUACAGAUUUUCAUUUUCAUGCUUGAUUACAACUUUUAUGAUGACAGUAGUUUUUCGUACGCAUAACACCAUGCGUCACAUCACGCUGCAAGUGAUUUCUUUCCAGGGACUACCAGGAACGUACGUGUUGUCAAACGGGUAAUAAAUUGUAGUAAUAAAUAUUACCACAGGCUGGGUGUAGCGGCUCACUCCUGUGAUCCCAGCACUUUGGGAGGCUGAUGCGGGCAGAUCACUUGAGGCCAGGAGUUGGAGACCAGCCUGGACAACAUAGCAAAACCCUGUCUCUACUAAAAAUACAAAAAUAAGCCUGGCUUGGUGGCAUGCACACCACCUGUGGCUAAUUUUUUUUUUUUUUUUAGGAGUCUUGCUCUGUCGCCAGACUGGAGUGCAGUGGCACCAUCUUGGCUCACAUCUAGGUUACCUCUGCUUCCCAGUUCAAGUGAUUCUCCUGCCUCAGCCUCCCAAGUGGCUGGGACUACAGGUGCACACCACUACACCCAGCUAAUUUUUGUAUUUUUAGUAGAGAUGGGGUUUCAUCACGGGGGCCAGGAUGGUCAUCUCUUGACCUUGUGACCCACCCACCUUGGCAUUCCAAAGUGCUGGGAUUACAGGCGUGAGCCACUGUGCCCAGCUUUGGCUAAUUUAUUAAAGUUUUUGUAGAGUCAGGGUCUCCUUAUGUUGCCCAGGCUGGUCUUCAACUUCUGGUGGGCUCAAGUGAUCCUCCCUCAGCUUCCCAAAGUGCUUGGAUUAGAGGCAUGAGACGGAGUCUUACUCUGUCACCCAGGCUGGAGUGCAGCAGCACAAUUUCGGUUUACUGUAAUCUCCACCUCUGGGUUCCAGUGAUUCUCCUGCCUCAGCCUCCCUAGUAGCUGGGACUAUGGGUGCCCACCACCACACCCAGCUAAUUUUUUUUUUUUAAGUAGAGAUGGAGUUUCACCAUAUUGGCCAGGCUGGUCGAACUCCUGACCUUGUGAUCCACUGGCCUUGGCCUCCAGAAGUGCUGGGAUUACAGAUGAGAGCCUCUGCACCCGGCCUCCUAUUAACACUAUCUUUCAUUGUGAAAGAUAUCCAAAAAUGACAUUGCUCAGUCACAGUGUGUGUAUGUUUUUCAUAUUGCUCAUGAUUGUCUAAUGUUCUUUCUUUCCUCCCUGCUUUUCCUUCCCUUUUUACUUGAGAUACAAUUGACAAUUAACUGCUUGUAUUUAAAAUAUGAAAUUGUAUGUUUUGACAUGUUUAACACCCAUAAAACCAUCACCUCAAGAAAUGUUCUAAUACCCCUUUGUGUUCCUUCCCUCACCUCCUGGCCCUCUCCGUGGUCACAACUGAUCUGUUUUUUGGUUCCUAGCUUUGUAUUACAUAUUUCAGAAAAGUCAUAUAAACAGAAUCAGAAUAUGUAGCCUUUUGAAUUUGGCUUUUAUCACUUCCUAUAUAUGACCUACAAGUGGUGUCUUCUUCAGGCCUGGACAGAGACCUUGAGCCCCGAAUGGCUUCCGGGUCCUUGGAUGACAGUCCUACAUUGAGUCUCAUAAUCCCUUAGUGGUUUCUGGAUCCUGCCCCUGGUCCAUCAGAUUCAACCGUCUAAUCUUGGACACGGUUCCCAAAUCCACAAAUGAUUCCCUGGGACGAGGGCACCAGCCUCGGACCUUGCAGUCCCCACACCAGGGAACUGGACACCACCCUAGAUCUUCAAGACCCUUUUCCAUGUCUGUGAGUUACCCAUGAUGCACAAGGUCCUCUUUGGAGCUCGAAUUCCAUCCCACAUUCUCAAACUGCUUUGAUGUCCAAAGCUCCGUGUCUUGACAUGUAAGCCCCUUCAUUGUAUCCAUGGAAACUGACUCGCCUCCCUCAACCUCCUCCCACACGCUGACCUAGGCGUGCUCUUCAUAUACUGGAACCUGCAGGUGCUGGUCCAGAGCUGCUUGGCCACAGUGUGGUCUCCAGGUGGAGGUGGGGGUGGUGACAGCAGAGAACAGGUCCUGCGGGCAUGGAUGGGUAUGGCUGAGUGGGGGCAAGGCCGAAUUACCCUCUCCCCGUCUCCUGUCUUCUCAUCGCUGCCCUUAACUGCACAUUUCAAAAGUCAUGGAAUUCACAGGUUUUGCCCGAGCUCUCUAGAGGAAACCUGGUCUGGGCAGACUAGGAGAGAAGGAGCACCGAGGACGGCAGCCCCUAGAGCAACCCCGAGAAUUGCGAGGAGGAUAGGGCUGAGCAGAGUGGGGCGAGGAGUUCUAUGAAGGAAGUGGCCUGACCCAAGGACACUUGUGGGGUGUAAGUGCACCUAAGAGCCUAGCGUGGAGGAAAGACUGAGCCAGGAAAGGGCGGGGCUGAGCUGGACUGGGCGGGGCUUAGGCCAGCCCUGGGCGGGGCUCGGAGCUUGAGGGGCGGACUGACCCGCAAAGGGGAUGGCAGUCAGGCGGCGAGGCUGAGCCCAGGGGCAGUAAGGGGAUGAGGACAGAGCUGUUUCGUAGGCUGACGGGUGCCUAAGCGAGAGAGCCAGGAUGAGUGCCAAACCGAGAAGGGCCGGCCUUGGCGGAAAGGGCGGGGCCGAGCGGGCGUCUUAGCACUCACAGACCAGGCUCUACCAGGCCAACAGUGUCUGAAACUUACCUAUAUAGUAGUCUGGCGCCACCCUGAUGCUUGAUGCAGCUGGUGGAAGACAGGCUGAGUAAGAGAUGGGAGUAUGGGAGAGGACGUGGUCACACAGGUGAAGGUCUGGUGGACCUCCGUGGGUGAGGUAUUGGCAAGUGGCUUAGGAGAGACCAGGAAGAAUUCUCUGGCAUCUGAGGGUGUAAGUUGGCAAGGGAACCAGAAGGGAAUAGGAGUCAGAGAAAGAAAAUGCAUUAAGGGCGGGCGCGGUGGCUCACACCUGGGAUUCCAGCAGCUUGGGAGAUCGAGGCGGGCGGAUUACCUGAGGUCGGGAGUUCAAGACCAUCCUGGCCAACAUAGUGAAAUGCCAUCUCUACUAAAAAGUAGAAAAAUUAGCUGCGCAUGGUGGCAUGCGCUUGUAGUCCCAUGUACUCGGGAGGCUGAGGUAGGAGAAUCGCUUGAACCCAGGAGGUGGAGGUUGCCGUGAGCCGAGAUCAGGCCACUGCACUCCAGUCUAGCGACAGAGUGAGACUCUGUCUCAAAAAAAGAAAAAGGAAAAGGAUCAGGACGGGGAGAAGACAAGGAGGCCGAGGGAAGAACUAGAUAAUGACCUGGGAAAAGGAACCGCCUCAGUAGAGAGGGUUUCAGAUAAGAGGAGUUGGUACAAGGUGCUUAGUCCACACUUCUCAUCCUUAGGGGUGCACCUGGUGGACAAGUCGGAUGGAAGUUGGGCUUAAAGUCCAGUAAGGGGAUCAGGGUGGGAACCCGCUACAGCAGUGAAGGGAUCACAGGCCAGCCGGGGCCACGUGACUGAAGACAAAGAUAUGUCUGGGGUGGGAGGAUCUGAGUGAAAACUGGGAUCAGGCUGGGUGGGGUGACCUGAGGAGGAACCAGGUAAAGACUUGGUAGCAGACCUGGAAUUGGAUAGGGGUCUGCCUCACUCACCCUGAGCUCUAUGGAGCUGUCCUUCAGGCUGCUGCAGCCCUGGGACUGUUCCUUCAGCAUAGCCGGCUACAUGUUCCCACCGUGUGUGUGAGAGUGUCUGGGUGAGGGACUGCCCCCCAUACCUGCCCCAAUUUAUAGGUAGUACACAGAGGAGAUGGAAGAAUGGACUGUAGGAUGGAAGGCACAGGACGAAGGGCUGAUCCCCCAUCUGGAGAAUGGGAGGGGGAAAUGCAUGGUGGAGGUCAGGCUGGAGGUCAGGGUUAGGCUCAUGUAAAUGCAGCUGUUAACUGGGUUGUAGUGUCCUACCACCCGCUCAGUACGGCCCACAUUGCAGGUGGUCAGUGGUGCCCUGUAGGGGAAGUGGGUGGGAUAAACACAGAUGACUGGAAUGAGAAUAAUAAACAGGAAAGAAGAAAUCUAAGCACAUUUCCCCAUAUCAUUAAACCAUUCUCCCAACCUCGGGAAUAGAUCAUUUUAAAAAAAACGGUUAAGACUCAUUCAUCUGAUGGAGAGUGUUUCUCUACUCUUUUAAAAUGUGUAAAUUAGGCCAGGCGGGGUCGCUCACACCUGCAAUCCCAGCACUUGUAAUGACCUACUCUGGGCUAGUAUCACUGACUCCAUCUUGGCUGUAAACUCCAACCUAGCUUCCUCCCCGCUACCACAGCCCCUUUGGGUGCAUUGAAGCGUGCUGUUCUAAUUUUCGUAUAUGUGCUGCCGAAGCGAGAACUGCGUACUGUUCUUAACACUUGUAAACUUGGCAUACCCCCCCUGCUAUUGUAAGAAAAAAAGUUUCCCUUUGAUCAUUGUGUAGAAGGAGCCUGAUCACCCCCCUUCUUGGUAAUUAUAUGGAAAACACCUGUGCUCACAGCCCUUUCCUCUAACCUGCUUUUCUGCUUCUGUAAAAUUCCGCUUCAGCUAGGUACCCCCUCCCCUACCUAAAUCAAGGUAUAAAAGAUAAUCAAGCCCCUUCCUCGGGGCCGAGAGAACUUUGAACAUUGGCGGUCUCUCGGUUGCUGGCUAAUAAAAGGACUCUUAAUUUGGAACUUUGUGUGUGGCUCAUUCCUUCUAACUCACUCGGUUACUACACACUUUAGGAGGCUGAGGCAGGCGAAUCACCCGAGGUCGGGAAUUCAAGACCAGCCUGACCAACAUGGAGAAACCCCCGUGUCUACUAAAAAUACAAAAUUAGCCGGGCCUGGUGGCGCAUGCCUGUAAUCGCAGCUACUCAGGAGGCAGAGGCAGGAGAAUUACUUGAACGUGGGAGGCAGAGGUUUUGGUUAGCCGAGAUCGCGCCAUUGCACUCCAGCCUGGACGAGAGUGAGACUCCAUGUGAAAAAACAAAACAAAACAGAAAAUGUUCUAUAAUUGGCUGUGGUGAUGACUAUGCGUUUGUAUCUUUGAAUAUACUGUACUGAAUUGUACACUUAAAAGGAGUGCAUUGUGUAGUAUUUGUAUUUUAUUUUGAUGUAGCUUUUCAAAUACACGACUUCAAAUUUUUGAUCUGAUCUGUUAAGCAUACUAAGAGUUUCCAGAUACACCCUAAACUUACAUCAUUUUUUUAUUGUUUAUUCUUGAAUCAGUGAAAAUAAGAAUUCAAUUACCUUAGGUAUAUCAAGUCGUUUACAUUUUAAAGUUCUCUUUAAAUGUGUGUGAACACAAUCUGUAACCUAUCUAAAAUAAAUUUCCCUGUAGUGUGAAAUGUGCACUUCAGAGUUUAGUUGAACA